UCACUCUACGCGUCAAAGAGCAGUGAAGAAAAAAUAUUCACUAAAAAUUCAUCAAUAACCCGCCAAUUACGCAGUCAGUCUGUCUUGCGUCUACACUCCACGCCACUUUCCUCCACUCCAAAGCUAACCCACACACGAAACUCCACAUAAAAACGCACUCACGCAAUUUCGCAUACACAGAGGGCAAAUCCCAAGGACUGAAAAACAAGAAAAUGGCGGACGGGCAACAAGGAGAGGAGUACUUGUUCAAGAUAGUGCUAAUAGGCGAUUCCGCGGUGGGGAAGUCGAACCUGCUCUCGCGGUUCGCUCGCAACGAGUUCGACCAAAACUCCAAGGCCACAAUUGGGGUGGAGUUCCAGACCCAGGUCGUCGACAUCGACGGCAAGGAGGUCAAGGCCCAGAUCUGGGACACAGCCGGCCAAGAGCGCUUCCGGGCCGUCACUUCUGCAUACUAUCGCGGCGCUGUCGGUGCCCUCGUCGUUUACGAUAUCAGUCGGAGGACCACCUUUGACAGCGUCAAGCGCUGGCUCGAUGAGCUUACUACUCAUUGCGAUACGACAGUAGCGAGGAUGUUGGUGGGGAACAAAUGUGAUUUGGAGAACAUAAGAGACGUGAGUGUGGAAGAAGGCAAGAGCCUCGCCGAAGAAGAAGGAUUGUUUUUUAUGGAGACAUCCGCGCUUGAAUCUACUAAUGUCCAAACGGCUUUUGAGAUGGUCAUUAGGGAGAUUUUCAAUAAUAUCAGUAGGAAAGUCUUGAAUUCUGAAUCUUAUAAGGCUGAGUUGUCAGUCGACCGUGUGAGCCUGGUUAAAAAUGGAACAGACAAGCAAAGUAGGAUUUCUUGUUGUUCUUGAUGAUCACUGUUUCCUCUGUUUCCAUAAAAAGAAUUUCUUUGCUUCAAGUGUUUAUUCGUCGGAGGCUUGUAGUAGGUUUUUCUCACUAUUACUUUGUACUUGGUACUCGAUUAUGAAAAAGAGUAUUAUUUUGUGCUUUUGAAACCUCA